AUGAUCAGUUACUUGACACAACAACUUCAUAUGCCGAUGACCGAAGCCGCUAACACGCUCACCAACUUCGGUGGCACCACAAGUUUGACACCUAUGCUCGGGGCCUUUAUAGCCAAUUCUUUUGAAGGACGAUUUUGGACCAUCACAGUUGCUUCCAUAAUUUAUCAAAUUGGUAUGGUAUCACUAACACUAUCAGCAAUACUACCAAAGUUAAGACCACCACCAUGCCAAAAUGGACAACUACGCCAAGAAGCUGAUAAUGGUCAACUAGCAAUCUUAUACAUAUCCCUUUUGCUAACCGCAAUCGGGUCGGGUGGGAUCUGA